UUCUAGGAUGGUCGCAUACCACCUGCCAGGUGCCCAUGUACCACAGGUGGUCCCCGUACCACUGGUUGAAAAGCCCUGGAUUAGAAGACCUAUAAGGUCCCUUCCAACUCUGAUGAUGGCGAUGAUGAAAUGAUUAGAAAGCUAGCGGUGGGGUUGUCUUUUUCCCAUUUCUCCCAUCUUCUCUGUUCCGUAGGAAAAAACUUCAGCCUUUUGGAAAAACAAUUAGUUGUCUGACCGAGGGAGCGAGCGAGCCUCUUCGGGAAGGCAACGUUUCCUCGGACAAAUCCACAGAUUGGCCGGACGUUUUUUUUACAAGCUUCCCUUUCCACAUUUAGGAGAAGAGGCAGAAGGGAGAAGGGGAUGGCCAGCCUGAACGCCUUGAGUGAGAAUCAGGGGAAACGCCUGUGGGAAUUUUGUCCCAAGAAACUGGGAGGGGAAAUGCUACAGACGGACGCGGAGUUACCCCAACCGUGGCAAGAGCUGUUCAUAACCGCAGGCUCUCUGCACUCUAGUUGGGGGGGCAGCCAGGGCCCAGAGGAGCCCACCCCCUGGGACGACCCUAAGGGCUUCUUGGCGGCCUUCGAACAAGUGGCAGAGGCCUGUCGGUGGCCCCGGAAAGAGUGGGCAGUCCGGCUUUUGCCCGCCCUCCGCGGAGAAGCUGAGCAGGCUUUCAGUAACCUGGAGGCCCGAGAUCGGCAGGAUUACGGGAAGGUGAAAGCAGCCAUCUUGCACCGGGACGCCCUGAGCCGAGAGAAACGGCGCCAGCACUUCCGGCGUUUCCGCUACCGGGAAGCCGAGGGGCCCCGCGGGGUUUACAACCGGCUCCAGACGCUGUGCCGUCAAUGGCUGAAGGUGGAGAGACACUCCAAGGAGCAGAUCCUGGAGCUGCUGAUCCUCGAGCAGUUCCUGACCGUCCUGCCCCCGGAGGUCCAGAGCUGGGUGCGGGAGCGAGGCCCUGCGUGCUGCGCCCAGGCGGUGGCCCUGGCCGAGGAUUUCCUCUGGAUGCAGAGAGAGUCUUUGAGAUGGGAACAACAGGGGAUGACAGCAGCUGCUCCCCCAGCCAAGGCAGAGCUGGACUCACCUGAUAGUGGGGAGAGCGCCCCGAGGCCUUUCCUGGAGGGAGAGGAGAAAGCUAGAAAUUCAUGUGGUGAUGUCCGACAGAAUGAAAACAUCAGGGAUCUUUUGAAAGUUGCCUCCAACAGAGCCGAGCCCCAAAAGUCGGAAGAGGUGCGUCCACUGAGGAGGACAAGGAGAAACUACCUCACGGAUAAGUGUAAGAAAACCAUGGCUUCCCAAGCGGUGGGAUUCCAUAACGCUUCCCUCCCCGAAGAGAAACCGAACGAAAAGAGAAAAUACAAGUGCAACGUUUGCGGGAAGUUUUUCAGUUAUAAGUCGAGUCUGAAGAUACACCUGAGGAUCCACACUGGGGAGAAACCGUACAAGUGCCUGGAGUGCGGGAAGAGCUUUAUCCGUAGCGACCUCCUGACCUCCCAUCAAAGGAUCCACACAGGAGAGAAGCCCUACAGUUGCUCCUUUUGUGGCAAGAGUUUCUGCGACUUGUCCACGCUGAUCAAGCAUCGGAGGAUCCACACGGGGGAGAAGCCGUACGUCUGCGGGGAGUGCGGCAAGAGCUUCAGUCAGAAGGCGAUUCUGAAUUCCCACCUGAGGAUUCACACGGGGGAGAAACCCCAUAAAUGCGCCGAGUGCGGGAACAGCUUCAGCCGGAGCACAUACCUGACUUCCCAUCAGAGAGUUCACCUGGGGGAACGGAGGUAUCAAAACGCAGAUUGCAGCCUCCUGGACCAGCCCAAAUUGAUUCACCCCCCGAUGGUUCAUGUGGAGGAGAAGACCUAUAAACGCCUCGAAUACGGUCAGAAGUUGAAGCAGCACUCGCCGUGCUUGGCCCACCAGAAAAUGUACGCGUUGGGCAAAAGUAUCAGUGUUUUCGAAUGCGGAGACAAGAUUCAGUUGGAGGCUGUGGCUUGCGAGACUUCAGAGAAGCCGAGUAAUUAGCUGAUUAGCCACCGACCUGCUCGCCUAUGUCGGAGUUUUUCUCCUGGCAAUCAGAGAAAAUUUCCAGUCCAACUGGCAUUAAAGCAAUAUGUGGAACUGCUGCA